CAGCGCUCAUACCCGCAGCGCACACAAAACCGCCUCCCUCCCUCGUAAUUACGGUUCUGCCCCCCGCCCGCCGUGCGAGCGAAGCCAUGAAGCUGGAGGUCGUGCCGAAGCAGAGGGCCAUGGAGGCCGAGCAGAGGGAGGAGGCCAUGGAGAUGAGCGGCCUGGAGCUGUGGAAGCACGAGAAGCCCGUCAUGUUCUACCUCCCGCCGCCGCCGCCGCCACAGCUGGCGUGUGAGGAGGCGGCGGUGGGGGCGGCGACGACGCUGGUGCCGCCGCUCAACUUCGCGAUGGUCGACGACGGCAUCUUCCGCUCCGGCUUCCCCGCGGCGGCCAACUUCCGGUUCCUCAAGUCGCUCAACCUACGCUCCAUCGUGUACCUGUGCCCGGAGCCGUACCCGGAGACGAACACGGAGUUCCUAGCCAAGAACGGGAUCAAGCUCCACCAGUUCGGAAUCGAGGGGCGCAAGGAACCAUUCGUCAACAUCCCUGACGACAAAAUUCGGGAGGCGCUCAAAGUUGUCCUAGACGUAAGAAACCAACCUCUGCUUAUUCACUGCAAGAGAGGCAAGCACCGCACUGGCUGCGUUGUCGGAUGCUUGAGGAAGCUUCAGAAAUGGUGCUUGUCCUCAGUCUUCGACGAGUACCAGCGUUUCGCCGCAGCGAAGGCGAGGAGCACCGACCAGAGAUUCAUGGAGCUGUUCGACGUCUCAAGCUUGAAGCACCUGACAGCUUCACAAUGUUAACCAAGGGCGAUCGAGCGACCGCUCGCUCGCUCGCUCUUGUCUCCUCCCAAACCUAUCUUCUUCCUGCAGCUACUGAAUCGAUUCAGCAGUGAAUAAUUUUGGAAACCCGUAGAAUGAACCGAAAAAGGAAAAUGUUUGUACUUGAGUUGAGAGUUCUAGUUUCUCCUGCUUAGCUCCCUGCAGAUCCUAAGAACCAGACAGUUGUGGGUAGGAUUGCAAGAGGUUUUUCCCAUUCUUUUUUCUUGGUAACUCUUGCGAGGAAUUCACCAUUUGUUUUCGGGUACUGAAACUGUACUCGAGCAGCAUUGCUCGGCGGGAAUGAACUUUCUCUCGAUGCAAAAAAAAAAAGGCUUGGUUAGCUCUUCUUGCAUGGAUUAUGGAUAUAUAAUCAUGUAUAUUAAUCGCAAAAUUUCAGCA